AUGUCCAAAGAUGCAGCAAAGAAUCGUUACGAGAAAAUCAAACAUCUUGGUGAAGGGCAGUUUGCCAAUGUUUAUAAAGCGAAGGAUACGGAAACAAACGAAUUUGUUGCAAUAAAGAAGAUAAAACUUGGUUCAAGGCAUGAAGCAAUGGAUGGUGUAAAUCGAACUGCAUUAAGAGAAAUCAAAUUGCUGCAAGAAUUGCAUCAUGAUAAUAUUAUUGGACUUCUAGAUGUAAUUGGGCACAAAACAAACAUUCAACUUGUGUUUGAUUUCAUGGAAACAGAUUUGGAACAUUUGGUGAAAGACAAAGCAAUAAUUCUGAUGCCUGAACAUAUAAAAAAUAUGGUAUUGCAAAUGUUGCUAGGACUCGAAUACCUCCAUUUGCACUGGGUUUUGCAUCGGGAUUUAAAGCCAAAUAAUUUACUGAUUAAUUUGAAAGGACGAAUAAAAAUAGCCGAUUUUGGCCUAGCUCGGUUUUUCGGUUCACCAAAUCGUCAUUACACAUAUCAAGUAGUAACCAGAUGGUAUCGUGCACCAGAAUUACUUUAUGCAGCGCGUUCAUAUGGUGUAGGUAUUGACAUGUGGUCCGUUGGAUGUAUUAUUGCUGAGCUUCUUUUACGAGUGCCAAUAUUUCCUGGUGAGUCAGAUAUCGAUCAACUUGUGAAGAUUUAUAGCGUUUUAGGAACACCAACAGUAGAGGAGUGGUCGGGAAUGGAGGAGUUUUCUGAUUUUAUCACCAUUAAACCAAUGCCAGCUAUUCCUCUUAAAAAUGUAUUUACUGCUGCCGGUGAUGAUCUCAUUGAAUUAAUUUACCAGUGUUUAAGGUUUGAUCCAAACAAAAGGUGGAAUGCAACUCAAGCACUUCGCUCUUAUUAUUUCCAGUCGAUUCCGUAUGCGUGUGAUGAUUGUGACCUGCCACUUCCUACUACAAGUCGGUCAUCAGUUUUUAAGCGAAGACGCAGAGACUAUAUGAAUGAUGAUGAUGAUACUCCGACCAAAUUUCGUAAACGACUUGAAUUGGAUUAA